AUGGCUAACUAUCGUCGAAUUCAGCGCUCGCCUGAAACAGACAUAAAUAUAUUACUGUUAGGUGAAACUGGUGUUGGUAAAACAACAUUUAUUAAUGGAUUUGUAAAUUGUCUUUUCUAUAAUACACUCGAUGAUGCAUUGAAAGGUGAUUUGAAAGUAUUAAUUCCCUCUGUAUUCGCAGUAGCAGACAGUGAAACAUAUCAAAGCAUCCAUGUGACUGUUGGAACCCUUAAUAAAAAUGAAAACAGUGAAAAUAAUGGCCAAUCAUCAACUCAAUUAUGUCGUAGUUAUUUAUUUCAAAUAGGAGAUCGUGUAAUACGUUUAAUCGAUGGACCAGGCGUCGGUGAUACACGAGGUAUGGAUCAUGAAGCAAGAAAUUUCGAACAUAUUCUUAGUUAUGUAAGCAAUUAUGAACAUUUAAAUGGAAUUUGUAUUCUUCUUAAACCAGCCGAAACACGAUUAACUAUUUUUUUUCGUUAUUGUAUCAAAGAAUUAUUAAGACAUUUACAUGUCAAUGCAAAAGAUAAUAUUAUGUUUGUAUUUACAAAUUCACGAGCAACAUUUUAUCGACCCGGUGAAACAACAACACUAUUAAAAGUUCUUCUUAGAGAACUUCAUGAAAAAACUGGCGUUGAAGUGCCAUUUAAUACACAAAAUACAUUUAUGUUCGAUAAUGAAUCAUUUCGUUUCUUAGCUGUUUGUAAACAAGGACACAAGUUUUUACACAAGGAUAAAAAUAGUUAUAGUGAUAGUUGGAAUAAAUCUGUUGAACAAUUUUCUCGCCUUAUUAUUCGCAUUCUUCAAUGUGAUCUUCAUGCUGUGAAAGAUAUGCAAUCAUUGAAUGAAGCUCAAUUAUUAAUACAUAAACUAUCUCGACCUAUCGGUGAAAUCGUUACAUUGAUCCAAGAAAAUAUUCUGUUAGCUAAAAAAUAUAAAGAAAAACUUGUAAAUAGUUCCGACGAUAGAGAUUCAAAUCGAAUUCCACAAAAAACUGGUGCAUUUAUUCCGCUUCGAGAACGAUUAACUGUUUGUGUUGAUGAAAAAUGUACAGAAAUUAUUAAUGAUAACGGUGAACAACGAAUUAAUUAUAAAAGUAAUUGUCAUGUUGGUUGUUCAUUACAUAGAGUUGUACAAGAAUGUAUUGGUCAUCCAAUUAUAAAACGAUGUCGAGCACUUAGGAAAACAGGCUCAUGCCGUGAAUGUGGCUGUAGUUGGACUAAGCAUAUGCAUAUAACAUACAGAUACGAAAGAAAUUUAACAUAUAUUAAAAUAGAUAAUUCAAAUUCAGUUCGAAAACCUCAAUCAAUUAUGAAAAUCAUUGACACAAGAAUAUCUGAUUUAAGAAAUGAAGAAACAUCAAUAAGAAAAAUAUGUGCUAAACUUUCACAAUUUUUGAAACGAAAUUCAAUAACCCCAUUUAAUGAUGAUAUUAUUCAAUACUUUCAACAUUUUAUUAAUGAAGAAAAACAAAAGAAAUCAACAGGAGCUGAUAACUCAGAGAUUAUUCAAGGUCUAGAAAAAAUGAUUAGAGAUUAUAAUGAUGAAAUUGAUGAAAUUUUCCGUUUAGUACAAGAACUGUAUGAUUUACCAAUAAAUGGAAAAUUAAUUAAAGAGCAAGUUGAAAGAAUGAAAGAAGGUCAAGUGUACGCAGCUCAAAGAGAUGAACAAUUUGUUGAUUUACCACGGGGUUAUAAUUCUCCUGAUAUUCUUAAAGAGUUAAAAACGAUUGUUAAUCGGAAGCAGCAAUAA